AUGUAUGCAAGCAAAGUUGCUAUAAGCAAGUGGCAGAAUGGUAUUGGGCCAAACAUUGAAGGAAAGUUGAAGGCUAAUGUUGCACGGGCGGAAGUAAUGUUAGCUAACCAUCAUUCAGGUAACUUGCUGAGUGUGAAGAUAGGAGACAUUCAUUUACGAGUUGACCUAUCUCUUAGAGAAUGUACAUGUCAAGCUUGGCAGAUGUCUGGAAUCCCUUGUGCUCAUGCAUGUGCAGCUAUAAAAAAGGUUCAUGGUAAUGUGUACUCUUAUGUGGAAGGAUGUUACAAUUUGAGAUCUCAGGAGAAAAUAUAUAAGGAAACAAUAAUCCCCAUCGAGACAAAUGACAUGCCACGAGUAAAUGCGUUAACAAUUACCGAGAUGAUGACAGAAACCUUCCUAAGGCCCCCUACUACCUCUCGUCCUCCUAGUCGGCCCCAAUCAGUGAGAAGAGAGUCUCAAUCACAACGCAAGAAGAUUUAUCAUUGUGCAAGAUGUGGCCAAAGUGGUCACACACGUAGGACAUGUCGAAAUCCUAACCCUAUAUGA